CGCAGACUUCCUCCUCCUCCUCCUCCUCCUCGUCCCCGUCCCCGUCCUGCUCCUCGUCCUGCUCCCCGUCCUGCCGCCGCUGCCGCCCGGCCCGGCGCCCGCCGCCGCGCCAUGCCCCGGGGCUGCUGAGGGGACACCAGGAGCGCCGGCAUGCAGAGCAUCAAGUGCGUGGUGGUGGGUGACGGGGCGGUGGGCAAGACCUGCCUGCUCAUCUGCUACACCACCAACGCCUUCCCCAAGGAGUACAUCCCCACCGUGUUCGACAACUACAGCGCCCAGAACACGGUGGACGGCAGGACUAUAAACUUAAACCUGUGGGACACGGCCGGCCAGGAGGAGUACGACCGCCUGCGGACGCUUUCCUACCCCCAGACCAACGUCUUCAUCAUCUGCUUCUCCAUCGCCAGCCCGCCCUCCUACGAGAACGUCAAGCACAAGUGGUACCCCGAGGUGUGCCACCACUGCCCCAGCGUGCCCAUCCUCCUCGUGGGCACCAAGAAGGAUCUGAGGAACAACCCCGAGACCAUGAAGCGGCUCAAGGAGCAGAACCAGGCGCCCAUCACCACCCAGCAGGGCAUCAGCCUCUCCAAGCAGAUCCGCGCCGUCAAGUACCUGGAGUGCUCGGCGCUCAACCAGGAGGGCAUCAAGGAUGUGUUCACCGAGGCCGUGCGGGCCGUGCUCAACCCCGCCCCGGCCAAGCCCAAGCGGCCCUGCGUGCUCUUGUGAUGGGGCUGCCGAGGGACGAUGCUGCCCUGCCCCGUGCCCCGUGCCCCCCACAGCCCCUGCCCCCAGCACCGCCGUGCCUCCCCAGCCUCGGUGGGAGCCCAGCCUCCAGCUUUAAUAAUACAGACCUUGUUUGCACUAACUG